AUGCCAUCGCAAAAUUCUUCUGAUUUCGUUGCGAAAUGGCUGAUGAANCUCAAUCCAUUCGCACGUAUCACGAUUGUUAUCUCGGGCGCAAUUUUGAUUCAUCUCUCAUUGGGCACGUAUCACACAUUUGGCAAUAUGCUACCUUAUAUGGCAUCCUUUAUGCGUAACUACACAGAUCCCACAAUAACCGUUGAGCAACUUGUGUGGAUUCCGACGUUUCAAGGUUGUUUCCCGUUUGCGAUGGUUAUUGGAGGUUAUUUAAGUGCACGGUUGGGGCCAAGAACAGCCAGUUUUAUUGGAUGCUUAUUGAUGGUGAGUGGAGUAAUGUUAUCGUUCUGGACAAUUCAAAAAUCGCUAUUAUUAUUCAUACUCACUUACGGUUGUAUGUUUGGGCUCGGACAAGGCAUGGCCUAUGUUAUUGCAGUCGCCUGUGCUAUUAAUUGGGCUCCAGAGCAUGUCGGUUUUGUGAGCGGUGUAGUCGCAGCAGGAUUUGGUAUCAGUUCAUCGAUAUUCACACCCAUACAAACAGCCAUCAUAAAUCCAUGGAAUUAUAAACCAAAUCGUGACGGGUACUUUCUUGAAAAAGAAUUGAUGCUACGGGUACCACCUGUAUUUCUAACGUUAUCAAUUGUAUACGCGAUAAUGCAGGCUAUUGGUCUUAUCGUCAUAUGUGAUCCACCCAAUACGGUUUGUAUUAUUAAUCGGCAAAUUAUUUCAUGA